AUGAAAUUUCGUAAUUAUAUAUUUGGGCGAAUUACCGAUCCGUAUCAUAGUGUUGAAAAGAUUAAGAAUAUCUUUGAAUUCAGAAAAAGUACUAAAUCAGUGAAAUAUUUCGAUUUGAUAAAAAAAGCUGCAAAUAGCUAUAAAAUAAAGAUUGAAGAAAAUAGCGAUACAAUUAAAAAUGAUGUUCAUAGAUUUUUAAGAAAUAAUUAUAUAUGUUUUGAAAAUAAUGUGGAAGAAGAAUUAAUAUUUAUAAAUAAUUAUUUAUAUUUUGAAAUAAUUACAGACAAAUAUAUUAUGAUAUGUAGAAAAAAAAUAAAGAGAAAAUUUAAAACAAAUUUAAAUUAUUUUUAUCAAAAUAAUAAAUCAAUUAAUGAUUUAAAAAAAGAAAAAUUUAUUUCAAAUUUGAAUUCAGAAAUAGUUGGUAUAUUCCCAUCCAAUUUUAGUAUAAAAUUUUUGAAAAUAUAUAAAAAUUCUUUAUUUACAUUUAUAGUUGAACAAAGCGAUUAUCCUUUAAAUUUAUGCUACUCAUAUAAAGGGACAAUUCAUGUUAAUGAUAGAAAUUUAUAUAAUAUUGAUUCAAACUAUGUAUUAAAAGAUAUAUGUAAUGAAUGUGUAGUUAAAAAUAAUUUUAAAAAGAAAAAAAAUAUAUAUUAUAAUAAAAAUUUGUAUGAAAUAAUUAAUAAAAAUAAUUUAAGAAAAUACAGGAUAUUGACAAAAAAUAACAAAAAUCAUAAUCAAAUUAGAGAAGAAAACAGUUUUGGUAACAAUACAUUAGACAAGUGUAGACAAUAUGAAAAUAAUAUAAAUAAAAAUUGCACAAAUGAUAAAAACUAUGAGGAAUAUGAAAAGAACAAAGAGGGUUUAUAUAGACUUGUAUUACCAAUGAUACAAUAUUGCAAUUAUUUAACACAUGGAAUACAAAAUAUAGAAUAUAUUAAGCUAAAAAAUAAAGUAAAUUUUUUAAGCAGUGAAAUGAAUGAAAAAUAUCGAUGUAGUAAAUUAUUUUUAAAUUGUUCAUUUUUUGAUAAAAUUUUAAUAUAUGACGAAAAAAAUGAUGAAUACUUCUUAAAUUUAUAUAAGAGCAAAGAUCAGAAAAUUAUAUUUUUGUUAAGUGGUAGCCAUCUACAUAAUAAAUUAUUCAUAAUCAAUGUUGAGGGUAACAACAGAAAAAGUAUGAAUUGUUUUAUUAAUUUAGUUCAAAUGAAUAGUAAAAUUUUACAAGGAAAAUGUUUUUUAGAGCAUUUUUUUAAUCAUAUAAUUUUUAUAUUAAAAGGAAAAAAUAAUACUACACACAUAUUUUUUAUGAGGUGCAAAGAUCUGAAUCAUCUUAUACAAAAUAAAAAAAAUAAAACACAAAAGUUCGAAAAAAUAAAAAAACUGAAAAAAAUUGGGAACCUUUCAAAAGAUGGUUUGUAUAUUCAUGAGGAAAAAUCAAAAAUGUGUAGAUUCCCAUUAUAUGGUCUAUAUUCAGAAAAAAUAGAAAUAAAUAUAGAUAAAUAUAUAAAAAAAUUGAUAACUCUUGACGAUUGCAUAAUACAAGAUUUUGAUAUGACAAGAUAUGGAUUAGCUUUAUGCUUAUAUCGCAAUUUUUUAAAACCAUUUGUGUUCAUAAUUUAUUUGUUUAGGAAAAAUGUGAAGUUUUAUGAUGCUACUAGUUGCUCUAAAGAUGUGAUAGUACAAAAAAGGGGAAAACUAAGUUCAAAUAAUGGCAAUAGCAAUAGAAAGGAAAUACUUGUCCAUAAAAUAAAGAUGAUACAUUUACCUAUUGAAAAAGGGAGUAUACAAUCUGGUAUAAACAACAAUUUUUAUAACAAUUUUUUAAACAUACAUGUAUCCAACACAUUUGUUAAUACUAUUAGAUUGGUCAUAAAUUUAAGACAGUGUAUUAUAGCGCUUCCAAAAAAUAUACAUAAAAAUAGAGGACAAUAUAAUUCCUAUUUUAAAGCGAAAAAUAAUAGCUUUAUGUACGAUAUAGAAUUGGAACAAAUUUUUCAAAAAAAUAAAAACUUUGCUAUAAAAGAUAUUUUUAUUAACAAUUCAGAUAGCGAGCAAAUUCCUAUAACACUUAUAUAUAAAAUAAAAGACAACGAUAAAAUUUUUUUUUGUGAAAAUAAAAAGAAAGAAAAAUAUACAACUUUUUUUGAAAGGAUAAAUGAAAAUGUUAGCAAUCAAGAAAAGCAUUACCAUAACAAAUUUAAUAAAGAUGGAAAAAAAAAAUUAUAUUUAUUUUCUCAUUUUCCUAAAGAAAAAUUUGAUCUUCCAAAUAUUUGCAAAAAUGAUUUACCAUUAUUUAUAAAUCCAAGUAAAACUAUAAUAAAUGCAUAUCCAUUUUAUGGAGAAUUAAAUAUUUGCAAUUACACAGAUGAAUAUUAUUUUUAUUUGUUAAACAAUUUUGUAAUAGCUUAUUUUCACCUGACUGGGUCAGGCGGAUUUAACAAAAAAGUGGACAAAUUUAAAGGAAAAACAUACUUAAAAAUAAAAGCGCUAGAAGAUUUAACAAAUUGUAUAAAUUUUUUAAAAUAUAAAAAUAUAAGUAAUACGAAUAAUAUGUAUAUGUAUUUUUAUUCGAAUAGUGGUUUAUUAGGAGGCUACAUAUUAAAUAAUGUAAAAAAAAUAGUUAAAAAUAUAAUUUUUGUCAAUCCUAUGUUAGAUCUGUUUAAUAAUUUAACAGACAUAAAUAAUCAUUUUGUGAACUCUGAACUUUUAGAAUUUGGAAAAUUCAAAGUAAACGAAUUUCUUUUGAAAAAAAAUAAAAAUAUAGAUAUAGACAAUUUAACAGUUUUGCACACAAAAAAAAUUUGCCCUUAUCCUAGUCAGACAAUAAAGAGUAACAAUGAGAUUAGACAAUUGAAAAAUGAUGACAAAAAAAUGGAAAAAAAAAUGGAAAGAGGAAAAUUAAAGUGUAUCAAUAAAUUAUACACACUAAACCGAUUCCCAUAUUUUUAUUAUAAUAAUACAAAAAGUAUAAGGAAAAAAAUAAAAUAUAAUAUUAAUAAGAAUAAGAGACGGUAUACAAAAUAUUACUGGAAAAAUAAUUUGUUUAAAAAUAAUUUAGUUAUGUUAUAUUAUAUAUGCCCAUAUAAUAAUAUAACAGCAAAAUACAGUGAAAUAUAUACAAAUAAAGAAAAUAUAAAAGUGGAAUUCAAAAAAUAUAUGGAUAUAAAAAAUGAUGAAAAUUUAAAAAACAAUAUUAUUUUACAUAUAAAUAAUUAUGAUAUUAUAUGUCCAAAUUAUAAUUCAAUUAAAUUUUUUUUAAAAUAUAUUAAUUAUAAAAAUAUUGAGAUAAAACAGUAUUAUUAUGUUAACAUAAAGAAUUAUAAAUAUAUACAAAAUGGGACCAAAAUAAACUUCUUAAAUUAUUCCAAUUAUGAAUAUUUACAAGAACAAAAUAAUAGAAAUAAAGAUAAAGACGUUUGUGAUAUAUAUCUUUAUAAUAAUAAAACGAAUAAUUUUUAUGUUUCUAUUUCAAAAAACGGGGGGCACACUGGAUUUAACGAUUAUAUAUCACACACUAAAAAAUUAAUGGAAAAAAUUUAUUUUAUUAUUUUUUCAAAUUGGAAAUAA